ACACUCCCACAAUAUCGCUUCAUUUAGCCGAUUUCAUGCUGAAUCAUGUCAUGAAACAGUUAGCACCUACGUCCGAUGACGAGAGGUCUAGGCAGCGUGUUAACGGUGUACAGAAACAGGAGCUGGUACGUUUGAUGAAAGCCAACUUUCUCUUUAUCGAGCGCAAACAUGCCGUGGUUAGGGGUGACCUGAGCCGUGCAGAAGUGUGGAGAAUGAUCACCAACCGCCUAAACAGCUUGGGGCCGCCGAUGCACUCGACUGAAGUAUGGCAGAAACGAUGGAACGAUUUGCGAUCCACUACCAAGCAAAAGAUGCACAAGAUACAGAGCUUUGUUGGGGAAAAUGGCGAAGAAUUGUGUCCUUACAGACUGACCUCGCUAGAGCGGCAAAUCUGGAGCACGUUGUGUGCUAAUCCGGCCAAGCAGAUUGAAACAUUGCGGUUCAUCCUCCAUUUGCUCCAAUCCGUCUAA